AUGUUAAAAGCACAAGAAGAAUUAGAUUAUAAACCAGGAAUUUAUACACAAUGGGAAUCAGCAUAUAAUAUGGAAGAUAAUAUUUGUGGAUGUUAUAUAUCAAUGGAAGAAUUUAUUAAAUCACCAGAUAAUACAGUUGAAAAAGAAUUUGAAGUAAUUAUUCCAAUAGAUGAUUUAUUACCGUUUGCUGCUAUGAAAAUGUUUCCUAAUGCAUUAUUUGGAAAUUUAACACUUGAAGUUAAAAUGGCAAUUCAACAAAAUUUUGUUAUUUGUCAAUGUAAACAAGAAACAAUAUUAAAUAAAAUUUCACAUAUUUCAUCAUCUUCAUAUAGUGGAUCAGAUGAAAUAAAAGAUAAUAUAACAGAAGUAAUUAAAAGUGAUAUAUAUAAUAUAAUUAAAACAAAUGGAGAAUAUCAUGCAUUUACACAAAUAGGUGAUUCAUUUAAUGUUCAUUCAUUUACUGGUGCAUUACGUGAAUCACAAAAUAUUAUUGUUGGAAAAGAUACAACAGUAAGUUUUAUGAUAACAGAUGGAAGUUUAAAAUAUUGUAGAACAAAUAUUAAUGGAUUUAAUAUUAAAGAUAGUAUAUUAAAUGAAUUAAUAACAAAAUAUUCAUCAAAAGAAUUAAUUAUUCCUUCUCAAUAUGUUGAUUAUCAAGCAUUUUCACAAAAACCAAUGACUAAUGGUUUAAAAUGUAAUACUACUUAUGCUAUGACAAAUGUAAGUUCUUUAAUGUUUUUAUUCCCUAGAACAACUAAUGAAGUAACAUGUAGUAGAAAUCCUUUAUUAGCAUCUUUACAAUUACAAAUUGAUAAUAAACCUUAUCCUGAUAAACCAUUUUCAUCUAUAGAAAAAUCACAUACUAUUUAUAAUAUUACUAAUGCUGGUUUAGAUAAUUUAUUCUCUCCUUCAAAAGAAUUUGCUUAUUCAUUAGAAUAUAAUGAAAUAGAUACUAAUUCAAUUAUAGGAAAAGCAGGAAAUGGAAAAUAUAUUCCACCACUUAAAGAUAAUACAUCAUAUUGUUUCUUAUGUAGUACUGAAAGAUUAAGUGGUUAUGGUACAUUUUGUGAUGGAAUUACUAAAGAUAAUGCUCAUGUAACACUUUCUGGAACUUUAUUAAUUCCUAAUAAUGAACAUCCUUAUAUCACUAAUCCUUUAACUAAAGAAUCAAAUGAUAGAUGUCCAAUUAUGCUUGUGUGUCAAGAUUGUUUCUGGAGAUGUACAUUACAAGGUGGUUGUGAAUAUAUUUGUAAUAACAAAUAUUUUGUUAAAGAAAAAACAGGAACAGAUUAA